AUGAAGCUUCUAUUCCCAAAGGAGCUUAUUGAUGAGAAUCUAGAAGGAUUCAAGGAGAAAGUGACAAGAACUCUAAAGCUUUUUCCUAAGGCAGUAGUGCCAAGGGACAUUCAUGGAGAGAUUGUCUAUCCAGCUGUGAAUCACCCACCAGAUACUCAUUGCAAGGAGAAAAGACUUGGAGGAUCAAAGAUGCCUCUUGAUAGAAGGAGAAAAAGGUGUGAAAACACAAUCCGCGCCAAACAUUGGCCGCGGACGCGCAAAGAAAUUUUGGCCGAGCAAUUCCAAUCUGGCCGACCGUACGGUCGAGCCGGGAAGGAAAAGCCGUGCUCGGCCGGAUUGCUCCAUCGCGCGACAGAAACCGUUCGCGCGGCACGCACGAACCGGAGAAGAAAGGCCGCGAUCGGCCAUGUAUCGGAACGGACCGACCGUGCCGGUCGAUCCGGGAAACAAACUCGGCCUCGGCCGAAAUCUCUCGCCAAACAAAUUUGGCCGACCAAAUCGCUCGACCGCGACAAAAUCCAUCGGCCAUCGGCCCAAAACUUUUCUAGGCCAAGGUACACAAUGGCAAAGACAAAAGGAAAUGAGAGUAUGAAGAAGAAGAAGAACCCAUUCAUGCAACCACCAAAGAAGCAAAUCAAGCUAGGGAGUAGUAGCUCCAAUGCAAGAGCAGCAAUACCAACUUCACCACAUUCCAUUGAUGCAAUCAAGAACAUGUGGAGAGUCCAAGAAGAGGAGAAGAUGAUUGGGCACUUGUAA